UUUUAUGAUCUGAGUUCCAUGAGGUUAAGUUUAAAUGAAAAAGUUGGUUUUAAUGCCUUCCCUCUCCAUUGGUCCACAUGAAUCCACCUCUCUGUUUCCAUCACUUCUUCACUGCAGCUAUAAAUGACAGACUCUGAUUCUGCAGUCCUGUUCCACCACCAGGUAUCCUCUCUGCUCGGAGGUGCAGCAGGUAGGUAGUCGGUGUCAGUCACAGCUGAUGGAGACGCGGAUUGGCUCGGUUCAGCCUCCAGGCUCCACCUCUCCACCACAGUCCUGCCUGCUGCUGCGCUUGUUCGAAUUUCUGCAUUCAGUAAUCUGAAUUUCACCCUAUAGUGCACCAAAAGGGCUAGAAUCAGGAUGCAUGACCUUUGACCUCUGAAAAAAUGAAUUAUAUUAACAAAACAUAGCACUGUUAAUGUCUGUGUCCUAACUAUGCAUUCUCCUUGACAGUGUGAUUUAUGAUCUGAGUUCCAUGAGGUUCACUUUAACUAAAAAGGUUGUUCCCUCUCCAUUGGUCCAUAUGAAUCCACCUCUCUGCCUCCAUCACUUCUUCACUGCAGCUAUAAAUGACAGACAUGGUUGGCACAGCAGCCUCUGAUUCUGCACCACCAGGUAUCCUCUCUGCUUCUGAGGUGCAGCAGGUAAGGUAUAGUCGGUGUCAGUCACAGCUGAUGGAGCUGCGGAUUGGCUCGGUUCAGCCUCCAGGCUCCACCUCUCCACCACAGUCCUGCCUGCUGCUGCGCUUGUUGCAGUGAGGGUUUGUGCGCUCUCAGAUUACGCGUCUAUGAGAAGUUGUUGGAUACAGAGGAUAUCGAAGAAGCCACUCAGAGGACGGAGGAAAAGUAGUCUCUUUAAGGCUGUGGGAAUACAAAUUAAAGAGAGAAAAGCAAGAAGUUUGUGGCGUUUAACCAAGAGAGAGAGCCCAAGCAUACCCAACAGUAUGCGGUGCAGUUAUUAUGGCAGAUAAGGUAAAGACAGCUGUGAGGACGCUGGAGGAUUUAACGCUUGACUCUGGUUAUGGUGGAGCCGCGGACUCGGUCAGGUCGUCCAGCGUGUCGCUCUGCUGCUCCGACGCGCAUCAGUCCACCGCGCAUGGAGGAAGCAACAACAACAACUGCUGGCAUCUGACUGAAUCCAUGCACAGCAGACAGAACAGCUUGGACACGGUCAACACCGUGCUGGCGGAGGACACGGAGACACCGGAGUGCAGCGGUGGACAGUGCGCCAAGCUGCCCGAGCUGGAGGACGUGCCAUGGAGCCUGGGCGAGGUGGAGGGCGCGCUGAGGAAAGACGAGGAGCUCAUGGUGAUGGUGGGAGGAGAACCAGCUCCGGAGCUUCUAGCGCGCCUCUCCGCUCUCAUCAGCCGCGCUCUUGUGCGCGUUGCCCGGGAGACGCAGCGGCUCAGCCUCCGCUACGCCAAAUGCACCAAACAUGAAGUGCAGAGCUCCAUCAAGGUGGUGCUCUCCUGGACUAUCUCUGUGAACUGCAUCACUGCAGCUCUGAGUGCGUUGUCAAUGUACAACAUGAGCACCGCAGACCGGUUCAGUAGAGGCAAGUCUGCGCGCUGCGGCUUGGUGUUCUCCGUGGGCAAGUUCUUCAGGUGGAUGGUGGACAGCCGCGUGGCGCUCAGGAUCCACGAGCACGCUGCGAUUUACCUGACCGCGUGCAUGGAGAGUCUGUUCAGGGAGGUGUUCGGCCGCGUGCUGCGCAGCGCGAUGGUGGAGAGGGACACCGGAGGGGUGCCCAAGUUUAGUCUGGAGACGAUGGAGCAAGCCAUCUGCAACGACUCCGAGAUGUGGGGACUGCUGCAGCCACACCAGCACCUCAUCUGUGGGAAGAACUCAAGUGGUGUGCUGAGCCUGCCGGAGAGUCUGAACCUGCACCGGGACCAGCAGCGCUCAGGGAGGGGGGGCGAGAGUCAGGCGUACACCCAGGCCGAGCUCCGCACGCUGGAACAGUCGCUGCUCGCAACCCGGGUGGGCAGCAUCGCAGAACUGAGUGAUCUGGUGUCCCGGGCCAUGCACCUCCUCCAGCCGCUGCACAUCAAGAACCCCAGCAACGGGACUCCAGUCCACCAGAAGUCCACCACCAACACCACGGUGCACUGGGAGCCCGAGGCCCUCUACACCCUGUGUUACUUCAUGCACUGCCCACAGAUGGAAUGGGAGAACCCCAACGUUGAGCCCUCCAAAGUCACCUUACAGACCGAGAGGCCGUUCCUGGUCCUGCCUCCGCUGAUGGAGUGGAUCCGGGUGGCGGUCGCCCACACCGAGCAUCGACGGAGCUUCUCUGUGGACAGCGAUGACGUGAGGCAGGCCGCCAGGCUGCUUCUGCCCGGGGUGGACUGUGAACCCCGACAAAUAAAAGCGGAGGAUUGUUUCUGUGCCACCAGGAAGCUGGACGCCGCCUCCACGGAGGCCAAGUUCCUGCAGGAUCUGGGCUUCAGGAUGCUCAACUGUGGACGGACGGAUCUGGUUAAGCAGGCCGUGAACCUGCUGGGGCCUGAUGGCAUCAACAGCAUGAGCGAACAGGGAAUGACCCCUCUCAUGUACGCAUGCGUGCGCGGCGAUGAGGCCAUGGUUCAGAUGCUGCUGGACGCCGGAGCCGACAUCAACAGCGAGGUGCCAAGCACAGUAAACAAGCACCCCUCAGUUUAUCCUGAAACGCGCCAUGGGACGCCACUCACUUUCGCCGUGUUACACGGACACGUCCCUGUCGUGCAGUUGCUGCUGGAUAACAGAGCGAAUGUGGAGGGCGCCCUGCAGGAUGGGGCGGAGAACUACACGGAGACGCCGCUCCAGCUGGCCUCCGCUGCAGGUAACUUUGAGCUGGUGAGUCUGCUGUUGGAGCGAGGAGCGGACCCCAUGAUCGGGACGAUGUGUCGAAACGGCAUCUCGUCGGCCCCGCUGGGAGACAUGAACUCAUACAGCCUGGCAGCAGCACACGGCCACAGGAAUGUGUUUCGGAAGCUCCUGUCCCAGUCGGAGCAGGAAAAGGGUGACGUGCUGUCCCUGGAGGAGAUCCUGGCCGAGAGUACGGAUCCCGGGGAGAAGAGGCUGGCGCCGCAGGCCAACGGCGGAGGGACGCUGCGAACAGGAAAGACCAAACUGCGGGCCCUGAGAGAGGCCAUGUACCAUAGCGCAGAGCACGGCCAUGUGGACAUCACCAUAGACAUCCGCAGCUUAGGUGUUCCCUGGACGCUGCACACCUGGCUCGAGUCCCUGCGUACCUGCUUCAUCCAGCACCGCCGGCCGCUGAUCCAGGGCCUGCUCAAAGACUUCAGCUGCAUCCAGGAGGAGGAGUACACGGAGGAGCUCAUCACGCACGGCCUGCCGCUCAUGUUCCAGAUCCUCCGAGCCAGCAAGAACGAGGUGAUCAGCCAGCAGCUGUCAGUCAUCUUCACGCAGUGCUACGGGCCCUUCCCCAUCCCCAAGCUGACGGAGAUCAAGAGGAAGCAGACCUCGCGCUUAGACCCGCACUUCCUCAACAACAAGGACAUGUCUGAUGUCACGUUCCUGGUGGAGGGGAAACCGUUUUAUGCACAUAAAGUGUUGCUGUUUACAGCUUCAGCCAGGUUCAAGUCUCUGCUCCAGAACCGACCAGCAGCUGAGAACACCUGUAUCGAGAUCAGCCACGUCAAGUACAAUAUUUUCCAUCUGGUGAUGCAGUAUCUGUACUGCGGAGGCACCGAGUCUUUGCACAUACGCAACACUGAAGUCAUGGAGCUCCUCUCUGCAGCCAAAUUCUUCCAACUAGAGGCCCUUCAGAGACACUGUGAGAUCAUCUGCUCCAAGAACAUCACCACGGAAACCUGCGUGGACCUCUACAAACACGCCAAGUUACGUUACGCUGCUCCAUGUAAACCGUUACCCCCCAAGCCUGGAGAGGGUUUGCUCACAUUCCUUGGCGCCGCGGAGCUCACGGCUUUCAUCGAGGGCUACUUCCUGAAGAACAUGGUGCUGCUGAUCGAACUCGACGGCUUCAAGCAGCUGCUGUACGAGCCCCCGCCCGCCGAGAGCCCCGCGUCCAGCCCCGGCAUCUGCUCCGACAUCCUCCUCGACCUGGAGAAGACCCUGGCCAUGCGCAUCCACUCCAUCCACCUCUCCACCUCCAAGGGCUCCGUGGUGUGACGGCGUCCCCUCCGAAAGCCCUCCGAUCCAGGCGCAGCGUCCACGUAACACCAACCUGUCCUGGCUCCGCCGCUGAAGAGGGGCUGCCCGUCGGAUGUUUUUACGUCAGGGAUUCCCUUUAAUUCUGCCUGUUGCAGCGCCCCCCUGGGGGGUUAAAGGUGGCAUACGUGACAAAUUCACUGAUCACUUUCACACUCCGACAAAAACUAUCAAAAAACAGCAAAAACUCAGCAGUAUCACUUAGACCUAAUCGUGAUUAUCGUAUUUCAUAUAGGACACGUGCAUGAAAUACACCUUUUUUCUCUUAAAAAGGUAGAGUAGAACUCAAUAAAACUAACUUUAGGGUUUACAAACAUCACUUUGUGGAAGUUUGACACAUGCCAAAAUAUAAUCCUACUAUACAACCAAUAGAAGUGACUCGUAGCAAUGCCAGCAGACGGACUUUAGGUGUUUGAACUGUCACUUGUGUGUUGGAUACGUCUCACUGUGUUAUAUCUACUGUGUGUGUGCGGAGGCCAAACUGAUCACAGGAACUUCCACUGCAGCGCUGAUCAAACUAAACGCGGCCCACUCAGUGAAAUCUAUGCUGACGUAUGCUUGAAACACGGACGUCCAACUGGGAAAUUAACUUUUUUUUUUGCAUGACACCUCCUCAACUGAGCUGCCCUGAUAUUGCUUUUUAUGCAGAGCUUACUUCAACGGACUGCGAUGGGGAAGUAAGGGAAAACGCUGCUUAUUAACUUUCUAUCCACUGCAACACUGACUGAGCGGGGUUUGGAGAUGGAUGUCGACUGGCAGGGACUUUCUCUUUAAAGUGUAAAUACGUCCUUUAAAGUCAUCGUGCUGGUCGUUCUUUUAUUUUGUAAACUGAUGUACAGUAUUCUCCCACACUCGCUUGGCUGACGACACCAGUCUCAUUGAAUGUGCUCCCUGUUUCCUGCUCUAUGUGUCUGUUUAUGCAAAACGUUGCAUGUUUUUAAUCUGUUUGUUUGAAUCCUCCGUUUUUCUGCUUUAGGUGUGCUUUCUGUGUAGGUCGGUAUAGGGCUGAGCAGGGUGGUGGUUGUUCAAUCAGAGGACGUUCCCUUCACUUAUUCUGCUAUUUCUGAUACAUUCCAGAUUAUCAGGGUAGUUUCAACACAUUUUAAUGUCACUUUUUUGUUUUAAGGCUUCACCUCAGCUGAUAAUCUCAGUUACAUCAAUUCUGUGAAAGAAAAGGUUGAAUUCCCACACCGUCAGCACUGAGUUUAUUAGAGACACAACAAUGUUAGUGCGUCCCAUCCAUUUGUUUUUAUGCACAUUUUCAAUUUGUGUAUAAAAACACGCCACAAUUAUACGAUUUUUAUAGAGGUGGAAAAGUUGGUCGAUAACAAUCGAUCAAAGCAACAAAAAAAAAAACAGACUUGGCGAAUAAAUCAUGAUGUAACAGUACAAAACAACUGAUAAACUUUAACAGUUAAGCUAGUGAACGCAAUAACCGCAGGAAGUUUGUGUAAAACGAGCGAUUUGGAUGAAUUUUGAGCAGAUUAUUUCCUGUGAAUAUUUCAUCACAGAUGAGUUUCCCUCUUAUUUUUAGGAACCUUUAAUACACAUGUCUAUUAUGUAUUUUCUUUUAAUUUUUAACAAUUAUGCAUUCUUAAUAGGCUUCUUUUUUGACAAUUUCAGUGUUUUCUUCUCCCUGAUGCUUGGCCAUUGUUAUAUCUUAAGUUAUAUCUUAAAUAAUAAUCCAAACUUUUAGUUUUCUUCACAGAAAUGAAUGAAAUGCUGAGAUAUAGGCCAACUGCAAACUUAAAAAAAUUGUCUUACACCCCUUAAAAUCCAGAAGACCUCACGACCCCCCCAAGAACCUUUGGCGACUCAUAGUGGGGAUCAGGACCCCCAUGUUGGGAACCAGUGGCUUAAUGCCUUUACACACCGGGGGGGGGGGGCGUGACAAAUAAACAACACCAAAAUGCAAAAUACUCAUCCGCGAAAAUUAUAUGUCUAGGUCUUUUAUUGUGAAAGGUAUGAACGGAAGGCGUGGAUCUGGUCUGUGCUGUCUUUGUCAAGGUUGAAAGGAGUAAAAAGGCACGGUCACACAUGCACGAAAUUAACAUUUGCCUCCCAUUCACUUCCAUUCUAUGCGAGCGACAGGGCGUAAAAACAUUUGUUUCCAGUGUUCGCCGCUAAAUAUUUGCGUUCUGUGUGACAGUAGUCAUGACAAAAACAACAGUUUGAAAUAAUAUAUCGACGUACGCUUAUACAUGCCCUUAUAUAGUAUUUAUGGGGCGUUAUCUAACAAUCAGCAACCCGCCUCCAAUUUAUGAUCAAAUGGGAUUCAUCACUCAGCACAGCUGGGUAAGAGCAUCUGAAGUGACUUCUCUUAUUUUUCUUCUCUCAACAGAAAACUAAUAAAAAAUAUAAGAGAAAUUUAAGAGAAAGUUGCUGCAUGAGGCGGAUUGUUUGUCACAUUCUGGUGUUUACAUCAAUUAUUAAUGUGGGAAUGGUUCCUGGCGGUUUGAGGUUUGUGUCUCAGCUGUUUGAGAUUUUGCUCCUAUUUUUUAUUGGCUGUUACAGCCUGCAGCUUUAGUACAAAGACGUGAUGGUUCAUAUUGUGAAUUUACUGCCUGACAAAACAUCCGUGACCAAAGUGUUGUGUCUUUAAAUAACUCAGUGUGGAAAGGUUGUGUAAAUUCAACCUUUUUGUUUCACAUUGUCCUCCACACCUUUCCCCCCAGGUGUGCAUUAGAGAAUAACUUAUCGAAUCUAAAAGGACCAAAUGUUAAACCAGACACUCGUUAUUCAGCAGCAGAGCCCUCUCACUCACACACAUCUCAAUUUCGGAGGAAGUCAUACUACCUACAGUACAUUUAUGAAUGUAACAAUGCAACAACAGUUUAAUAUUUACACAAAUGUGCAAUAUCUGCAAUCCAGCAACAAACCAAAAAAAGAUGCUUCCCUCUGUCUCCAACGGCUUUCAAUGCAAAGUGUCCUCAUACGUUGUGAUGUUGUUUCUACAUGAACGCGACAGUAUCUUCAGUUAAGAGACAAACCUUAACAUAUAUUGUAGCACACUCAAAAUUACUUAAAUAUUUAGUUUUGGGCCAAAAAAUAAAAUUUUAACAGAAACAUAUAAGAGUUUAAGUUCUGUAAAUAGUUACAGAAAAAUUAAAUAUAGAUAUUAUCCUACGACUUUAUUUUCUUACCGACAUACCUAUAUAUUUUAUUUUACAUUCCACAGCUAUUUUGUUUUACAAAAGUGAAAAAGAGUAUAUAAAAAAGAGGAUUUAAGGUUUUGAAAUCAAGCAAUAUUACAUGUAUUACUCUGAGUAAUACAGUGGAGCUACAGUAUAAAUGUGAAUUGAGAGACACGUAAACAAAGACAAAUGAGUUGUUUCUAUUUUUGUGACAUCCCAUGUAUUUUAUUUUUAAAUGUACUUCACUCAUUUUAGAAGAGUAUUUCUAACUUAUAGUUGAUUUGACCCUGAGCUGAUAAUUUAUUUAGACUAACUCUGGUUGAGAUGGUUAAUAUUGAGCUGAAUCACCAUACACGCCAACAUUUCUAACGCUAUUUAAAGGUGAAAUGUAACUUAAAGAUGCAAACCAUUUUGUCUCCACAGAGGUGAAACGGUUCAUUAAUGAUGUCAAGCACUUUUGGUGCCACAUUAGUAUUUCAACAGUGAGCUUAUUGUGAUCAAACAGCAGCUUUAGAAUAAGAGAAUAAGCUGCUGUUUCUUUAUUAGUCUUAAUGUUACGCCAUUAGCAGAAGACUAACUUUAGCCCCUGUGCUGCUGGCGCUUUUGACUCCAAACUGGGUCAAAGCCGUAGAGUAAAACGUCGGUUCGCAUGGCUCUUCUUGUUUAAUGUUGUUGAGAAUGUGCUUUGUUCACCAGCUUUGUCAAAACCCCUUAAUUUGUCUGAGCGUUUCUUUGCCUGCGUAUUUGUUCCUGGUAAUAAACAACAUUUCUCCUAGACGCAGUGGAAACAUGCAUGGGAUACUCACUAGAUUUCAGAUCCACGGGAGGAGGGAAGGGAGGGGGGGGGGGGUGAACUUUUGCUAUUUCCUUUGAUGAGAACAUGUAUAUUGUACAAAAUAUAUAUAUGAAAUAUAAAUUAUACAUGGUGUGAGAAGCAGGGAUGUGGUGGAGUAUAACAACAAAGAGGAAUGUUACACUCGUGCUACAGUUUCUGUUGUUCCAUGACAUGCUUUUGUGGACAGCUAAUAAACGACCAGAGUUUAAACCAUA